GUUUGAGUGAAAAAUUCCGAAAAUCACAGGGUGCUACAAAUUUGCAAACAAAGUUUUUGGAUUGUUUUUUAAGUGCACAAAAGGAGGAUUUUUACCUCGAAAAUGACCACGAAGGAACUACAGGACGAGGAGGCAGAGGCUCUUUUAUCAAUUUACGAAAGUGAUCAAGCGUUUAAGCAAAUAAAUCCCACAACAUAUCAAUACAAAUACGGUGAAGAGGAUAACAAUAAAUCAUUUCUGGUGGAGCUGGUGUGGACUCCAGAGUAUCCCAAUGAAGCUCCUCAAAUCAACCUGGACACAUUCUACAAUAGGAAUCUCGUGGUAAGCGUAAAGGAGAAAAUUCAGGGAGUUCUUGAGGAGGAGGCACAGCAAUGGCUGGGCUGUGGGAUGACCUAUACACUGUUUGAGUGUCUGAAGGAGCGUCUUGAGGAGCUGACGUCAGCUCAGCCAGAGCAUACAAAGGUUGUGGCAGAAGUAACGGAGGAAGUGGAAAAAUUGGAGGUGUCAGGAAAGGCGCCUAAGAAGGAGCAUCUGACCAAGGCCCAGAAGAGGCGACAGUGGGAACGGACAGAUCACAAGGGUGAGCGUCCACGUGGAUGGAACUGGGUAGAUAUUAUUCGACAUCUGUCGCAGACUGGUGGGAAAUCUCAGGAUAAUCCUCAGAGCUGAACAUGCCUCAAUCUCUAAGUUUAAUUUUUGAGGUGUCUCCGCCACUUUCUAAAAUACACAGAGUAUAUUUUACAAUUAUUUAAAAUUUAAAUAAAAAAGCCCGAGAUUUUAUCUCAGUUGUCAAAAAGUCCUUUGAAUGUCUGCA